UCGGGCACACCGGGCCGCACCGCGCCGCGCCCGCCGCCAGGACCCGCCCCUUGGCCGCGCCGGGCCAGGCGAGCCGGCGGGCGGGCGGGCUGCGCGCGGGGGCGGGGCGGCGGCCGGCGGUGCCUGCGCCUCGGCGGCGGCUCGGCGCUUCGCACACGCUCGGGGGAACAUGGCGGCGGCGGCGGAGCCGGCUGUCCCGGCGCUGGCGGGCGGCGCGGGCGCGGUGGCGGGGACGCCGUCGGGCGCGGUGCCCGUGCUCUUCUGCUUUUCGGUCUUCGCGCGGCCCUCGUCGGUGCCGCACGGCGCGGGCUACGAGCUGCUCAUCCAGAAGUUCCUCAGCCUGUACGGCGACCAGAUCGACAUGCACCGCAAAUUCGUGGUGCAGCUCUUCGCCGAGGAGUGGGGCCAGUACGUGGACUUGCCCAAGGGCUUCGCGGUGAGCGAGCGCUGCAAGGUGCGCCUCGUGCCUCUGCAGAUCCAGCUCACCACUCUGGGAAAUCUUAUGCCGUCAAGCACUGUGUUUUUCUGCUGUGAUAUGCAAGAAAGGUUCCGGCCAGCCAUCAAGUACUUUGGGGAUAUUAUUAGCGUAGGACAGAGACUGUUGCAAGGGGCCCGGAUUUUAGGGAUUCCAGUUAUUGUAACAGAGCAGUAUCCUAAAGGUCUUGGAAGCACCGUGCAAGAAAUCGAUCUAACAGGUGUUAAACUGGUGCUCCCGAAGACCAAGUUUUCCAUGGUGUUACCGGAAGUGGAAGCAGCAUUGGCAGAGAUCCCUGGAGUCAGGAGCGUCGUGCUGUUUGGAGUAGAAACUCACGUGUGCGUCCAGCAGACGGCCCUGGAGCUCGUGGGCCGCGGUAUCGAGGUUCACAUUGUUGCCGACGCCACCUCCUCCAGAAGCAUGAUGGACAGGAUGUUUGCUCUGGAGCGCCUUGCUCGGACUGGCAUCAUCGUGACCACCAGCGAGGCCGUGCUGCUGCAGCUGGUGGCUGAUAAAGACCACCCCAAGUUCAAGGAGAUCCAGAAUCUAAUUAAGGCCAGCGCUCCCGAGUCCGGUCUGCUCUCCAAAGUCUAGGACGGUUGGAGGACUGCUCUCCCGCGCACUGCGGGGACAGGACUGUAAGCCCAGACGAGUGCUCUCAACGCCACUAGAAUAAAAACGUUCAACCCCA